AUGUCUGAUACAAAAGCUGUCGUCAAAAGUGUUGAUAUGAGCGAAGAAAUGCAACAAGAAGCUAUUGAAUGCUCAACACAAGCUUUAGAAAAAUACAAUAUUGAAAAAGAUAUUGCAGCACAUAUUAAACGUGAAUUUGAUCGCAAAUACGGACCUACUUGGCAUUGUGUUGUUGGACGUAACUUUGGUAGUUUUGUUACUCACGUCAUGGUCGUUGUUUUCUUUGGCUGUUUAUUAGCAAAAUUAGGAUAUUUUAACAUGGAUAAACAAAAGUGGCUUUCUAAAGUCAAUUUAGUCUUUUUUACGCCUUGUCUUUUAUUUUCAAAUAUCGCAUCUGUUAUUUCACUUUCAAAAUUAUUAGCUUAUUGGCCUAUUCCUUUCUUUUAUUUCGUGUAUGCUAUUUUGAAUUACGGUGCAAGUCAAAUCAUUACUCGUGCUAUAGGUUUAAGUUCAGCUUAUCGUCGUUUUGUCUUGGCUUGUGUCAUGUUCUCUAAUUCAAAUUCAUUACCUAUCGCUAUUAUUUCCAGUUUAGCUGUCUCUGAAGCUGCUCAUAUUCUUUAUUGGGGUGAAAAUGAUACAACUGAAGCUGUAGCUGCAAGAGGUAUCUCUUAUACACUUUUCUUUGCUAUCUUUGGUAAUUUAAUUCGAUGGUCUUAUGGCUAUCAUUUAUUACAAAGACAUAACGGUGAUGAAGAAGUGGUAGUUAACUAUACAGAUUAUCAAACAAUAAGUAGUGAUACAAGAUUACCUUCUUCCUCUUCUUCUUCUUCUUCUUUAUUACUACAUGAUCAGGAAGCCACUCAUCCUAGUCAUAGUAAAUUACCUUCUCGUCAAUUGAGCUCUGUGACUAUCACUGUCAUUGCUGAUGAAAAUACAAAUUUAUUAUCUCAAGUAAAUAAACAAGCUCCUGCUCCAGAAACUUCUUCAAAUCUGAUGAUCCUCUUGGCUAAACGUAUCAAUCGUUUCAUGUCACCCCCACUUUAUGCUGCUAUUGCCGCACUUAUCAUAGGUCUCACUCCACCUCUCAAAUCUAUCUUGUAUAACAAACAAUCUUUUCUUUAUCCAUCUUUUACAAAGGCGGUUGAAUCAUGUGGUAAAGCUGCUGUCCCAAUCAUCUUAACUUGCUUGGGUGCUCAACUUUAUUCAAUUUCAAAAUCUCAGCAUGAAACUUCCCCAGCUAUGAAGAAGCCGGUAGUCACUGCAAUCGCUAUUCGUAUGUGUCUAAUGCCCUUCUUGGUUGUACCCAUCAUUAUUUUAUUUGUUCUUUAUGGCUCCAGAUUCUCUAGUUUAGCCAGUGAUCCCGUCUUUGUGACAAUGAUGAUCGUCUUGGGUUGUGCUCCUACUGCUAUUAAUCUUGUACAAAUCACUCAGGUAAACAAUAUCUUUGAAGAAGAAAUGCUACGUAUGUUAUUUUGGAGUUAUGGUGUUGUCUGUAUCCCUCUUUGCACCUUUGUUGUCUUUUUAGCCUUAAACGUCGUUGAUAGAAUGUUAUAA